GUGUGAGGGGCGGCUUCAGGCGUCAGCACGUGCAGCCCGGCGGCGGGGGCCUUCUUCCCUCAGCGCCGUGAGGUGCGCGGCGGCGGCGGCACCGGUGGGGGCACGGCUCGGCUCGGGUUGGUGCGGUUCAUGUUUUUAUCCCGUUUCUUGAUAAAGAUGGCAGCCAACAAUGCGGUGCUGAACAGACUGGAGCAGAAGGGUGCAGAGGCCGAUCAAGUUAUUGAAUACCUCAAGCAGCAAGUUGCUCUGCUCAAGGAGAAAGCUAUCUUGCAGGCAUCGCUCCGAGAAGAGAAGAAGCUUCGUGUGGAAAAUGCUAAACUGAAGAAAGAAAUUGAAGGGCUGAAACAAGAGCUGAUUCAGGCAGAAAUUCGAAAUGGAGUAAAACAGAUCGCAGUUCCUCCUGGUACAGCUGUUUCUACAGCUUCGUUUGCAGAUGGUGAUCCACAACCCACAGCAGUUACAUCAUCUCCUGGCCCAAAAGAUCAUGUUAAAGGUGAAGAUGAAGAAAAGAAAAAGAAGGAAAAAGUAGAAAAAAAAGGUGAAAAGAAGGAAAAGAAACAGCAGCCUGCUGCUGGAAGUAGCGAUUCAAAGCCUGUAGAUGUUUCUCGUCUGGAUCUUCGUGUUGGCUGCAUCAUCACUGCUGAAAAGCACCCGGAUGCAGACUCUCUGUACGUUGAAAAGGUGGAUGUUGGAGAAGCAAGUCCAAGGACUGUCGUCAGUGGUUUAGUGAAGCAUGUUCCUCUGGAUCAGAUGCAGAAUCGGAUGGCAAUACUACUCUGUAACUUGAAGCCUGCGAAGAUGAGAGGAGUCGUAUCUCAAGCAAUGGUGAUGUGUGCCAGCUCCCCAGAAAAAGUGGAAAUUCUGGCUCCCCCCCCUGGGGCAGUACCUGGGGACAGAAUCACUUUUGAAGGUUUUCCUGGAGAUCCUGAGAAGGAACUUAAUCCCAAGAAGAAGAUGUGGGAGCAAAUCCAACCUGAUCUUCAUACCAAUGACCAGUGUGUUGCUACGUACAAAGGAGUUCCAUUUGAAGUGAAAGGCAAAGGUGUCUGCAGGGCAGCGACCAUGGCAAACAGCGGAAUUAAAUAAGUGGUUAUUAGCCUGUUCAGAUGUUGAAAUGGAAAGUAACGAGAGCACAAUAAAAACAUCAAUAUAUAACCCCUCUGAAAUGCAUGGCUAAUAUGUUUUUUUGUUUGAUUCCUCUUCCAGAGAUACAGAAUGUUCUGCCUGUAAUACUUUAACAAUUCACUCAUUCUCCAUAUUUACUGUCCUUGAGGUUGUGUUCUCAGCAGUCAGUAACCACACAGUGUUCAAGACUUAAUUGCCAAAGCUUGUUCAUGUUAGAACUGAAGGCUGGCAAGCAUCUUCUCUAGACAGCUGAAAGUUUUAGAGGAUCCGUGAAGCACGAGCAUCUCAAUAAGGAAAACUUUCUGCCGUGUUCCUUGUGUGGUAACCUCAAUUCAAGAGGUACAGCAUGAGCAGUUGGUCAGUGAAGACCAUAAUUAGUUUCAUUCUUCUUGUCUUUCAGAGGUUUCCCUCCUCUCAAGAAUUUUUCAGAUAUGUUAUAAACUUCUGCAAAUUUUGGUUUUGGAUGUGUCAUCUGAGCUGUCUGUGGGCAGUUGUAAUGGGAAUAUAAAACUCUGUCCCUUUAGGCCCUAGUACAAACACAUCGACAUACAUCAAAUAUGUUGUUUUACUAUAUUAGCUCAUUUCAUCUUUUCUAACUGGAUAGUUCCAAAUGACAGAUAAUACUACAAAAGAAUGGCCAAACCAUGUUAGACAAAUACCCCCCCAAAAAAAAGUUUCCAAUGCCUGAAACACAUAUAAAAUGAAUUUAUUUCUUGUUUUAAUGUAUCUUUGAGUAAUAUUUUAUACAGAAUAUGCUUUGGUUUUAAUAGAAAUGGCUUCUUCAGGUUUUACCAUUUGAAUUACUCCAUAAUACAUAAUGAGCAGUCAGAACUGCUAUGGGAAAAUCCUCAAAUUACUCCUUUUAAUUCUUGCCUUUCAAUACUCUGAAGUAACCAUUUUAGAUCAAUUCACAAUUAAACCUUUUAAGCAACUAUUUAGAGGUAAUUACAUGUUUGAGCAUAUACUAUUUAAUUAACUGUCUACAGCCUAACUACUCAAAGAGCACUCUUCUAACCACUGAAA